UUCUCUUUCCUCUGGAGAUGGCAGCCCUGCAGAAAAUCUGCUUCCUCCUGAUGACCGUGCUCUUCCUCUCUGGAGCUGUGAUGUCACAGGUCAAUCCAAGUGUGUGUCGCUUCCCCCUGGGAAUGACCGGCGGUCAGAUUGAGGAUGAGGACAUCUACGCUUCCAGUCACUGGUCAGAGUCUACAGCCGGGAGAUACGGCAGGCUGGAGUCAGAAGACGGGGACGGCGCGUGGUGUCCAGAUUCGUCGGUGGAGCCCGAUAGCAUCAAGGAGUUCCUGCAGGUGGACCUGCGCUCCCUGCACUUCAUCACGCUGGUGGGCACGCAGGGCCGGCAUGCCGGGGGCAUCGGCAAUGAGUUUGCCCAGAUGUACAAGAUCAAGUACAGCCGCGAUGGGAAUCGCUGGGUCUCCUGGAGAAACCGCUACAGCAGGCAGGUUAUUGAGGGAAAUAAGAAUGCCUAUGACAUCGUACUGAAAGACCUGGAGCCACCCAUCAUCGCCCGGUAUGUGCGCUUUAUGCCCGUCACGGACCACUCAUCCAACGUGUGCAUGAGGGUGGAGCUCUACGGCUGUGAGUGGCUAGAUGGCCUGGUGUCUUACAAUGCUCCAGCAGGGCAGCAUCUGACUCUUCAUGACCUGCGUGUUCACCUGAACGAUUCGGUGUACGACGGGGCCGUGGGCUACAGCAGGAUGACAGAGGGCCUGGGUCAGCUUACGGAUGGCAUGAGUGGCCUGGAUGACUUCACCCACAGCCACGUUUACAACGUCUGGCCUGGUUACGACUAUGUAGGCUGGAACAACGAGAGCUUCCAGCACGUGGAGCUUGUGUUUGAGUUUGACCGAGUCCGCAACUUCACCACCAUGAAGGUGCACUGCAACAACAUGUUCACGAAGAGGGUGAAGACAUUCCGGCAGGUGGACUGCUACUUCCGCUCGAUGUCGGACUGGGAGCCCGACCCCGUGUCCUUCAGCCCGGUGAUGGACAACGUCAACCCAAGUGCGCGCUUCAUCACCGUCCCCCUCCACAACCGCAUGGCCAGUGCCAUCAAGUGCCAGUACUUUUUUGCUGAUGUCUGGAUGAUGUUCAGCGAGAUCACCUUCCAGUCAGACACUGCAAUGUACAACACCACUCUGGUACCACGAAAAGCUGGGCUUCCCAGCAGCACCCAACCAGGGGAUGACCCCACCCACAAAGUGGACGAUAGUAAUACCCGGAUUCUUAUUGGCUGCUUGGUGGCCAUUAUUGCCAUCCUCAUGGCCAUAAUAGUCAUCAUGUUGUGGCGGCAGGUCUGGCAAAAGAUGCUUGAAAAGGCCUCUCGGCGUAUGUUGGACGACGAGCUCACCACCAGCCUGUCCAUACAGAGCGACACGUUCAUCUACAACCAUCAGAGCCCCUCCACGUCCCCCAGUGAGCAGGAGUCCAGCUCCACCUACGAGAGGAUCUUCCCCCUGGGGCCCGACUACCAGGAGCCAUCCCGCCUCAUCCGGAAACUCCCCGAGCUCUCCCAGUCCAUGGAGGAAGCAGCAGGGGCCAGUGGGGUGUCUAAAACAGCUCAAGCCAGCGGUCAGGACGGCGUCCCUCACUACGCUGAGGCAGACGUUGUGAAUCUACAGGGGGUGACGGGCAGCAAUACUUACUCCGUCCCCGCCCUGACCAUGGACCUGCUGUCCGGUAAAGACGUCGCCAUGGGAGAGUUCCCACGGAAACUGCUCACCUUCAAGGAGAAGCUGGGGGAGGGCCAGUUUGGAGAGGUGCACCUGUGUGAGGCUGAGGGGAUGCAGGACUUCAUGGACAAAGACUUCUCCUUCGACAUCAGCGAGGACCAGCCCAUCCUUGUGGCCGUGAAGAUGCUGAGAGAAGACGCCAACAAGAGUGCAAGGAACGAUUUCCUGAAGGAGAUAAAGAUCAUGUCUCGGCUGAAGGACCCCAACAUCAUCCGUCUGCUGGCGGUGUGCAUGAACAGCGACCCGCUCUGCAUGAUAACGGAAUACAUGGAAAAUGGCGACCUCAACCAGUUCCUGUCCCGGCACGGGCCAGGUGAGCAGGCAGCCCUGCCUGGUGACACACCCACCGUCAGCUACAGUAACCUGAAGCACAUGGCUACACAAAUUGCCUCCGGAAUGAAGUACCUGUCCUCUCUCAAAUUUGUACACCGCGACCUGGCCACACGCAACUGCCUGGUGGGGCAGAACUACACCAUCAAGAUCGCCGAUUUCGGCAUGAGCCGCAACCUGUACAGCAGUGACUACUAUCGCAUCCAGGGCCGAGCCGUCCUGCCCAUACGCUGGAUGUCCUGGGAAAGCAUCCUACUGGGAAAGUUCACCACAGCCAGUGACGUGUGGGCGUUUGGUGUGACUCUGUGGGAGACCCUGACCUUCUGCAAGGAACAGCCUUAUUCUCAGCUCUCCGAUGAGCAGGUCAUUGAGAACACAGGGGAGUUCUUCCGCGACCAGAGCCGGCAGAUCUACCUGCCGCAGCCGGACAUUUGUCCUGACUCUGCGUACAGUCUGAUGCUGAGCUGCUGGAGCCGCAGUGUCAAGGAGCGGCCAUCCUUCCAGGAGAUCCACCGCACCCUACUGGAGUGCCUCAUAUAGAAACCCAGUGUAUCUACUCGACAUAGGCCUAUAUAAAUAUACACACACACACACACACACACACAUAAAAACACACACUCAAACAAGCAUACAAACACACACUCACACUAACUUACAAACACACAUUCACAUACAUGCUCAUAGGUGUACACAUGAGCAAACACAUGCAUGCACAUAACCACACACACAUAUAUAUGCAUGCACACACACACACACAUGCACAUGCACACACACAUACAUACAAAUACACACUCACAUACAUGCACAUAGGUAUACACAUGGGCAAACACAAAUACUCACAUACACACACAAAAAUAUGUAUACACAUACAUACAAUACACAUACUUACUUUUCUACCAUGCCAUCUCUUAUGAUAUAAAGAUUUUUUUUUUUUUUUUAGAGUAGUAUGACGACACUGUACAUAUUGUUUAUUAAGCUUGUUACAUUUCUGUAUACAUUUUUUUGUAGAAAAUUUUGUAGAAACUAUACUUGGAGGAAGUGUAAGAUAAUAGCCAUGGAAUGUGUUGUUUCUUUUUGUUCUCAGUCUUUAUUUUGAGAAUUGCUUGAAUGUAAGAUGAUGUAAUUUAACCAAAGAUAAACAAAUAGAACAAAUGUAAAUAAGCCAAGGUAAGAUCAGUAAUUGCUGAAAUAUGAACUAUCACAGUUUUGGUGUCACAGGGCUCCUUUUUGUGCUCAUCCCUUCUUGUACCUGUUGGGAUGUAGAUCUUGAUAAUUUAAGUUGUCAUAUCAAAAUAUAGUUUAAAUAUACAGUAUGUAUUGUAUGUUUUUUUUUUGUUUGUUUUUUUUGCAUUUUUCUGGAUAAUUAUGUUGUUAUAUUUUUGGUUAAACAUUCACCCUAAUUGGAUGGCCUUAAUUUGCAAUUUGCAAUUGUAGUGAUCAAAUUUCUAUAUUGUACAGUAGUAGAAUGUUGUUUGGGCCAGGGGGGAAAGAUUACACAGAAACUGGACAGUGAAGAUGCACUACGGGUUUUGCUGGAAACUGAAAUCUAUGGUUGGUUGUAUAGCAUGUGAAAUAGAUUGUUUACAGAAAGAGAGGGGGUUUUCUCCCUUUGAAUUUGAAUAUCAGAUCUCAUAAGUAAAUAUGUUGGAAGAUGAAGAAGUUUGAUUCAAGAUAA